CAUAUAGACACCGCGUGCACACAUCACUGGCUACGACGUCUGUCCACAUCUCGCUGCUAUUAAAUCAGAUAAUGUAAAAAAGUUCGACUUGUACGAGGAUUAACAAAACAGAAGACAACAAGAAAAAACAACUCGGGAUAUUAUUCAAAUUCUGAUAGAUGGAUUCCUACGUGGUGUGUAGAGUGGUGGCAUUGUGUACGAUGUUAAUCCUGUUUCUCCCGGUAUCAGCUGCACAGAUAGAUCCCACUGGUGAUAAUAUAUGCCGUGAUCCUAUAACAAGGGGUUACCGUUGUUGUGAUGGGUUCUAUCCACAGGGAUCUCUGUGUGUAGAGUGUGACGAUAACUGGUACGGCCCUGAGUGUGCUCUAACUUGUCAAUGUUACAAUGGUGCCGCUUGCCACCACGUGACAGGAAGAUGUUCUUGCUCUGGUUUUUGGGGUGGCCCACACUGCACGGAGUGUAAAAGACAGCUGUACUCUAGCUACUGCCACCCACGGUGCAUGCACUACAUCAAUGUCACAGUCCUCGCCUUUGACCUAGACAUCAAUGUCACAGUCCUCGCCUUUGACCUAGACAUCAAUGUCACAGUCCUCGCCUUUGACCUAGACAUCAAUGUCACAGUCCUCGCUUUUGACCUAGACAUCAAUGUCACAGUCCUCGCCUUUGACCUAGACAUCUAUGUCACAGUCCUCGCCUUUGACCUAGACAUCAAUGUCACAGUCCUCGCCUUUGACCUAGACAUCAAUGUCAGUCCUCGCCUUUGA